UUCAGGCGCUGAGUACUGCGGGACGUUAUUUGAGGUUCAGCGUUGGUCUUUACGUUUUCCUUAGAGCAUCAUUUUCCGGCUUUAAAUGUACCUACAGGCCACAACCACCCGUCUUCUCCAGCAGCAUGGGUGUCUGAACAUCAGAGCGUAAUAUGGUCGUGGAUCGGAUUUUCUCUGGUAUCCAGCCAACGGGGACGCCUCAUCUGGGUAACUACCUUGGAGCCAUUCAGAACUGGGUGAAUCUGCAGGAAGAGUGCAGCUCAGUGCUAUAUAGCAUUAUGGACAUGCAUUCUCUCACCAUGCCCAAGGAGCCAGCUGUCCUGCGCCAGAACAUACUGGACACCACUGCUGCCAUCCUUGCCUGUGGUGUUGACCCAAAGAAGUGUUUCCUAUUCCGACAGUCACUGGUUCCUGAGCAUGCAGAACUUGCCUGGAUUCUUGGGUGCUUAACUAACGUGCCACGUCUGCUACGCUUGCCCCAGUGGAAGAUGAAGCGUGCCAGCCAGAAUAAUGAAGGAACUGUUGGGUUGUUGACCUAUCCUGUGCUUCAAGCGGCAGAUAUUUUGCUGUACAAGUCGACACAUGUUCCCGUUGGAGAAGAUCAAGUCCUGCACCUGGAACUAGCCCAAGAUAUAGCACAACAUUUCAACAAGAAAUAUGGAGAAUUCUUUCCUGUGCCCAAAGCCAUUUUAAGUACAACAAAGAAAAUAAAAUCCCUCAGAGACCCAGCAGUGAAGAUGUCCAAGUCAGACCCGCAGAAGUUGGCCACUGUGAACAUAGCAGACAGCCCUGAUGACAUAGUGCUGAAAUUCCGCAAAGCCGUGACUGACUUCACCUCGGAGGUGACCUAUGAUCCAGCCACUCGCCCUGGUGUCUCCAACCUGGUGUCCAUCCAUGCUGCAGUUACAGGGCUUAGCAUUGAAGAGGUACUGCACCAAUCCGUUGGUCUGGACACUGCUCACUACAAAAUGGUGGUAGCAGAGUCAGUGAUUCAAAAAUUUGCACCUAUCAGGAAUGAAAUCAAGAAACUCCAGGAAGACAAAUCCCAUCUGAUGAAGGUUUUAGAGGAUGGAGCACUGAAAGCCAAAGAACUGGCUGCCCCCAUCUACCAAGAAAUAAGAAGACUGGUGGGAUUUCAGUAGACUCUGAUGAGUAAUCACAAGGACUUGUUUCCUGGGUCACACAUUUUGAUAUUUGUAUCUUCUUAAUGAUUUUGGUUUGAAACAAAAGCUUUUUUUCCCUGGAAAAUCCAAGUAGGACAUUGAAGGUGUUUGCAUUAAAAAAGGUGCACAAAACUAUAUUUCCAGUGGGACCAGCAUUAGGCUUGUCUGGAUAGUCAAAGAGGGAGGGCAGAAGGAAUCACAAUUCAUGGAGAAAUCAUGCAAAACCAGAAUAGAAAGUUGCCCAAAUAGGGUUUUGGUUUUUCAAUUGGCCACUGCAAGAAGCUGAAGUACAGGUGGGAGAUCAGAAUGUAGCAGAAAGAUCUGUCAUCUUCUGAAAAAACAUCCUUACCUGUGCAUGUGAGCUCAUUACAAACACACAACUCUUCCCAUUGGUAGUUAUUCAGCUUUGAUAUGGUGGUUGAAUAUGUUUGUGGAUAACCAGAAUAAAAGUACAGGUGAUGAAGAGAGAACUUCCUGCUUCUCCCUAUUUUGUCUUCAAAUUCGAUGUGAUUUUAUAUCUGCAUCUAGCUGGUGUGAAGUGUGUUAUACAGAUUUCCAUACUCUAAACCUCACUGUAACUACUGUGCUAGAUGGUCCCUUUGAUAGUUAUGCGAAAGAACACAGAGAGUGGACAUGAAUUCCACUUUCUGCCACCUGUGCCAUCCUGCUGAUCAGGUCUAAGGUACUUCAGUGAGAAAGGACAUGUGCUUCAGCUGCUGCUAUUUCACCCGGUGUUCAGUUUGGCAGGGAGCUCCAGGAUUUGCAGUUCAGCAUCCUUUAGAAAAGGUACAGGGGGAAAGGAUGUAAUUCUGUGUGAAAGGAAUAUUAGGUUGAGAAAAUAGUUCUUACUUGCCUGACCUGUUUCCUUCAAGUAAGGAAACAUUCCUGGUUUUCCUUCCUUAGGACAGUUAAGCUUGUGAAAAAUGAAUAUAUUCACCUACUGACUGUUGACAUAGCUUUUUAUUUUCAUAGCUCUU